AUGUCUCAUCUGAUGCUUCUCCCUUUGCUGUGCGUUGGUGUCUCAGUGAGCAAAGGGGCAGAUCUGCAGACGAGAAUCAUCAGAGGUGAACCAUGUGAGCGUCCGUUCCAUGUCAAACUCAGAGUCACUGCUGGUGGAUCUUCCUCUUUGUGUGGUGGCUCUCUGAUCAGUGACCGAUGGAUUUUGACUGCUGCUCACUGUUUGAAGCCGGGAAGGACUAUGUUUGCAAAUUUACCAGUGCAUCCAGGGAGUCCAGCACAAGAAGUGGAAAUAACAGCAGAACCUGUGAUCUAUACAGACAAAGACGACAACAGUCGCACAAGAUCCCACGAUCUCAUGCUGCUGCAGCUUCCCAGCCCCUCUGACAGUCAACCUGUAGCUCUUCCAGACUGUGAAUAUCAACCUAAAAUGGUUGAGAUCGCAGGUCACGCUGCCACUACUGGGGGUCCUAAUGAUGAAAGGAACACUGAAGUUGUCGACUGUGAAGAUCUCCAAAAUACUCUGCAGACACUUUUCCCAAAGGUCUAUCGCGUCAAGGUGUAUCAACACUGGUUCUGUGGAAAAUCACCUACAGUGGACGGAGAUUCUGGUGGAGGAGUGGUGUACAAAGAUAAAAUUUACGGCGUCAUUUCUUUUCUUGGGGAUCCUGACCGUGUGUGUAGGAAGGCAGCUGCAUUCAUGGACCUCUGCAAUCCAGAAUACGCAACAUGGAUCAACCAAACUAUUACCUAA